CAAAACGAUUAACGUUAGGCUAAUUAAGUUUGUACCUACGUCCGAGAAACUCGAAUGUCUCCGUAGUGAAAGAGAGAUUCUUUCGAACGGACGCGAAAUUCGACUCUUAGUCGCGCGCGCAAGAUCGUACGCAAUAUCAAAAUGCCUGGUGGUGUAGUAUUUUUAGUGUGCAUUCCUACUUUGAGUUACGAGCACGAGCUGGUUUUUGGUAUCCCCGUGAAACCCCCGAAAAAACCUGAAGAACUUACUCCCUCUGUCGCCGGACCUAAAGUCGAUUUACGAUUGAAAGAAGUGAAAACUAAAGCACAGCUUCUCACGCUCGACGACGAUGACGACCUGGAGAACGAGGUUGCGCUCGUUGGCGACGAUGACACUGAUUUGGACGUUUCAUCGCGAAAAUAUUCACGUGCUCGGGCUGCUCUUCGUUCGAAGACACCUAUCUUCGUUUCCAUGGAAACGGUGUUGACCGAAUUGCUGAAGAAACUCAAAGUGGAGCACGUUGUAUGGUGCAAAGACAAGGAGAACAUGUACUACGAGGUCAUAUUCCCAGUUCCUGCUGGCGAUGCAUGUGAAAACUGUAUACAUUGUCUCACAGAGAUGGGCAUAGGAGUCAAAAUGAACUCCAUCGUCAGUGUAAUACCGACUCAGUGUACCUAUAAUAGCGUGGGAUCUAACGGAUCGGCAAUGGUCAAGGACGAAAUAGCUCGCAGGAAAAAAGAAGCUCAGGAUCGGAAGGAUGCUUGGACUGAUUUCGUAGAUUCUAUACGUUCAAAGUUGACGGUCAAGCAAGUGGUGGAUGGUGUUCGAAGUGGCGGCGAUCUUUCUUUCGAUUACGUUCUACUGGUGUUAACGGCAGAUUGUUUAGCUGCGUUGGGUCUUGUUGAAAACAGUGCAACCAAUGUGGUAGCAGCCAUGUUGGUAUCACCUUUGAUGGGACCCGUUAUGUCUUUGACCUUUGGCACGAUAAUAGCAGAUAGAAGUCUUCAAUUGAUUGGAUUGAAGAGUCUCUUGUUAGGUAUAUUCUUGUCUAUACUUUUUGGAUUUAUAUUUGGCCUUAUCCUUGGAACGACAGAAAUGCCUUGGGGUUUCAACGAUUGGCCGACCGACGAAAUGAAAGGCAGAGGUAACUACAGAUCCCUUUGGAUGGGUGUACUGUGGGCACUUCCUUCGGGUACAGGCGUAGCCGUAGCCUUGUUGCAAGGUAGUAAUGGUCCUUUGAUCGGUGUUGCUAUAUCCGCUUCGUUGUUACCACCGGUUGUUAAUUGCGGCUUGUUUUGGGCUCUUGGAUGCAUCUGGUUGAUAUAUCGGCCUAUCAAAAUGCCACACAUAAAAGGAGAAUCUUAUACAGAUUUCAAUAGUUCUUACGUAUACGUUUAUACAGAUUAUCUGCCCGUCGAGUUCUUUUGCAAUGGGAUUAUCAGUGCAUGCUUGACCUUUAUUAAUGUAAUGUGUAUUUUCAUCACGGCGAUAAUAGUCCUCAAGAUUAAGGAAGUAGCCUCGCCGUAUACUUCUACACCGGAAUUAAGACGAUUCUGGGAACAUGAUAUACGUUUGGUUCGUGAUAAAAAUAUUUCCAGAGAUAACAGUUCUCUGGAUUCAAGCUAUUAUGACGGGUUGAGUAAAACUAAACAAAAAGUAUUAGAACGAACUCUAAAUGAAGCCGUACGCGAGGCAAUCGACGACGAGACCUUUAGAAAAGUUCAAAGGAUGAGUUAUGGGCAUGGGGCAGAAGAGAUCACUCCGAAACUUGGCCUUCCUAUGCACGUUGGCGUCAAUAACGAAGAUGGAAGGUCAAGCGACGAAAUAAUUGAUCGUUCCACGAGCGUUGAUCGUCCACCAAACGGUUUACCAGAUUCUACAAGUACCAACGAAGACCUCGAGGCUCUUGAUAGACUGAUCACAUAUCUUCUGGGUCAACCAAUUAGUACUGCUAACAAUAACUUGGAUACAUGGCGCCGAUCGCGUCAAGCGAGCGCUAGAGGUUACAGACAACUACAUGGAACUGGUGCAGCCGCUGAAGCUGGUAACAUUGAUACAACACCUUUCUAAACAAUUCAAUAAAGUGUAUAUGCGUGUGCGUUUAUGCACGCACGCACGCACGCACAUCAUAAAAGAUAAAAUACCAAUGUGAUUAGAAUUUAUUACAAACUUAU